AUGCAAGCGAACAGGACACCCGCAAUUAGCGUGUUUGCUGACUGCACCAUUCCGGCCGGCAUCAGGAUAGGACCGGUGCCGGGUAUUUUCAAGCUAGGGAAGUACGUGUCGGACCGCAAAGAAGUUGGACUCAAGAAAAAGAUUCGCUUGGUGAGAGGAGAUUUUGUGGAUGAAUCGGGCAGCCCUCUGCCGGACUGGGUCGGGCUCAUCCGUGCAGCUAGAAACAGCCAGGAGCAAAAUCUUGAGGCCAUUUCAGAAUUACCUGGAGGACAGGUUUUCUAUCGAGUGCUGAGGGAGAUCCAGACAGGAGAAGAAUUAAGCGUAUGGUACUCAAACACACUUGCGCAGUGGUUUGAUAUUCCCACGACCGCGACUCCAACACACGACGAGAAAGGGGAGGAGCGUUUUAUCUGUUGGUACUGUUGGAGAAUCUUCAAAUAUCCGAACACGCUCAAAGGCCACGUUCAUUUCCAUUGCGCUCUGAGCAACGGCAGAGGAUUUGUAAACAACGAACAAGCAAGGGGAUCUGAAAACCUUAGCAGGUCACCCAAAUCAGGAGACAUCCCCAACACCUCAUCCUCGCCCAGGAACGGUCACAACACCUCCAUCUCUGACUCCAUCAAGCGAAACAUGCCGUCCUCUCCUUUCCUCAACAAGGCGGGGAUAUCAAAGAAGUCCACAUCUGAGGAACAGGACAGGGCUCUCGAUAUGAGUGUCACCUCGGCCAGAAACCACGGCCAUCUCCUUGGCCUGAGCGGAACCUCUGCGGUACUGAGCAACAUGGGUUUCCACCCUGGAGUACGCUCAGCAUUUAAACCUAUGGGACUGUCUAAAAUCACUCCAACGGAGGUGCCCAGAGAGGAGUCCACCGGGAAACCAAACGGCAUUGGGUUCAAUAAGCUUUUGGGGGGAAUGAAGUCGACGCGGUCGCUGAACGAACCGGUAUCUGGAGCUCACCCCUCCAAGUGCGUCCACCCCAUUGACUCCACAUCCCCUGUGGUGCCCUGUGCCAACAUCCGGGGCUUUCCGUUGCUGCCGCACUUUGAGGAGACCUCCGCUUUCAAACACGUGGAGGGGCGCAUGCACUCGGGGCUUUCGCCCUCUCGUUACACUCAGAUCUCCUCUGGGUUUCAUUUUGAACGUUUUUCCUUGCCGCAGUUUGAAGGGGUGAAACCUUAUAAUGCAGACUGUAACAUCCCACUGAUGCCAUUCACUGUGUACAAUGGCGAGUUACUGUAUAGCUCACCGUAUUACCCAUUUAAGUUUCACUUUAGCAAUCUCCUCAAGUACCCGGAGUCAGUUUCCUACUUUGGUGCCCCUGGACUGAACCCCGACUUGAGUUCAAUUACUAAUAUUGACAGGGAAAUAGCCAUGCAUACACAACAGCUUUCUGAGAUAGCUGUGGAGAAGAACCGGGCAAGGCUCGAGUCCAUGCCCGCAGCCAACGCCGGUACCGGGAAACCCAAAAAGGGACACCUGUGUCUAUACUGCGGUAAACUGUACUCACGGAAAUACGGCCUGAAAAUCCACAUGAGGACUCACACGGGUUACAAACCGUUGAAGUGCAAAGUGUGCUUCCGACCUUUCGGUGACCCCAGCAAUUUGAACAAACACAUCCGACUGCACGCAGAGGGGAACACGCCAUACAGGUGCGAAUUCUGCGGGAAGGUAUUGGUGCGCAGGAGGGACUUGGAGAGACACGUCAAAUCAAGGCAUCCAGGACAAACCAUCAAAAAAGCCGAUGAUAAGAUAGAUGACAUGUACGAAGAUCCGGAGCAAAAGAGCGACAAUGACAGUGAUGUUGAUGUUUGCUUCACGGACGAUCAAAGCGACCAAGAAUCCAGCAAAAAUAAUGAUUGACACUCUGCGCUCGCUACCUGUCAGACAUGUUACGUGGCGUUUUGUACAUGUACAGAUUGCUGUAAAUAUAAUUUAUGAGACUGAGAUCCAAAAAUUGCAGUGACCAUUUUCUUUUUCUUAAUAUGAGCCAAAUGUUGUU